UUACUGAUUACUGAUUUUAGCCCAACAUACAUACACUCACAUAGAUCAGCAUAGUUCCAAAUUCGCAAAAUUGUUGAUACAUAUUGGUAUACAGUCGAUAAACCCUAAGAAAAUCAAUACUCCUUGCCUCAUACUCGAGUAAUCGUUGUUUUUGGAAGGUACAAUUCGACAAGAGAUUUCAGAAAGAUGGCUCAACAAAGAAAGCAAGUGAUAGUUUCAAUUCUUUGUAAACGCCAGUCUUUGGAUCCUAAAAGUUUUGCUGAUGAUAAGAAAUUGGACCUGAAAAGCUUGUGCACAAAUAUCUUGAAGUCAUCAGAAAGUGGGUCUAAACUUUUAAGCAAUGAUGAGGAAAACCAACAGCGUCAUCUAGAGGUGAUGAAAUGGUUAGAAUUUGCAAAUGGUUUUCCGGUGGAUUCUGCGGUUUGUCAUGGAGCAAUAAACGGAUUGAAUGAUGAGUUGGUUAUGAAGUCUGUUCUGUUGGGAAGUGGUUUAAAAGUCUCUGAAGUUGAUUUGAUUGUUUAUGCCGCAAUCCAUCCUUGUGUGGUUGCUAUGUCAAAAUCCGAUAGGCAGAAGAUUCCAAACGUCUUAAGAUGGAUGGAUUAUGUGCAGAGUAAGGAGGAUUUGACAGACAUACUUGAGAGGAUUUCUCUAGAGAAGGUCAAAUUUGAACCUCAUGCAUUUAAAAGUGUGGCUUCAGUGGAAGCCAACGCAAAUGCAAGAGAUGCGGCCAAAACCACAAAAGCUGAUGCAAAUGGAAUGAAGGAUACGACUAAAGGGUCAAAACCAGUCAAUGAUCCUGAAGCAGAUAAGAGCUUACAAAAAGAUUCUACUCAGAAGAAGGCUAAGGGAGAGAAAGCAAAUGCGGAGUCGAAGAAACCACAAACGGAAGCCUCCACUAAAGACGAAGUCCCAGUUAGUGUGCUAAAUAUACAAGUCGGCCUCAUUCGCAAAGCAUGGAAGCAUCCUUCAGCUGACAGUUUACUGGUUGAAGAGAUAGAUGUUGGAGAGUCCAAAGUACGGCAGGUAGUCAGUGGUUUGGCCAAGUACUGCAGUCCUGAUGAUUUAUUGAAUCGACGUGUGGCAUUUAUCACUAAUGUAAAACCUGGAAAACUACGAGACGUGGUAUCUGAAGGACUGGUUCUUUGUGCUUCAAAUGAAGAUCAUAGUGUUGUAGAGCCUUUGCUUCCUCCAGAAGGUGCUACAAUUGGGGAGCGUGUUUCCUUUGAAGGGCAUGAUGGAAAACCCGAAGAUGUUCUCAACCCGAAGAAGAAACAACUGGACAAGAUUACACCGCAUUUAUUUACUGAUGAGAAUGGGAUAGCAACAUACAAAGGAAUACCGUUUAUGACGUCUGCUGGUCCAUGUACAUCUUCAAUCAAGAAAGGAAGCAUCAAAUGAUCAACAAUCCUGGUAAAAGUAUGAGUUUCAGUUGUGUAACCUUGCACAAUCAUCUAAGAUGUCGAGCCAGAUUUUAUAUAACAAAUGUUACAAGAACGACAAAAUUUUGAUGCCCUCCUUUUGAAAAUACUAUUGUAGUUGCCAUGAUAUCAUUCAACAUGGCCUAUUGACUGCAACAUGCUAUCAUGUCUGCCUGUUCAACUAUUCAAAGUUUAAGAAUUUGUCUUUGUAAAGCAUGGCUAUCAUUCAAUUCCUGAACUGGCGACUAAGGAUGCCGUUGAUACCAAAACACUUGUCUCAUGCUCUGUGCCUUUACCGGGUUAUGAUUUUGCCUCUUCUCACUUCUGUUCACAUCAUGAGGUGCAACCCGUUCACGGAGGACGCAGCACCUCCAGCUCCAAGUCGUUGUGUGAUGUUAUGAACCGAAUGUGUGUCUACUGUCCGCGUUGCCACAUGAGCUACACGGUCCACAUAAUUCAUCUUCUACAUAGGUUCUAUUGUAUUACUCUGCAGCCCAGUGAGCCUUAACCAUCAUGGUAGCAACCAUAUUGGAAGUACUGGACCAUGGCCUUGUUAAUCUCCUACUAAAGGACGACACUCUAUCCCCCACUCUUCCGAACAAACAUCGGUAAGUAGCAAUACUUACCAAUCGGUGAAACAUUACAUGUGACGUUAAGCCAAGAGAUAAUCUUGUUCUAUUUUAAUGCAAUUAGUACCAAUCAGCAUUAUUGUACUGUACGUAGUAGUUAGUACAUUCUGAAUCAUUGUCAUUAUAAGAGUAUUUUAACCCACACGCCCUCGUUAAAACUUCAAA